AUGUCGUCGCAGGCUAUCGCGACGUCAACAAGAGGUCUGCCGGAUUUCUCCUCCCAUCCGCUCGACCUGCCCGACUUUCCAGAUCCAACAUGGUCCGAUCGCUCGAAUCCUCACGACGAGGCCGCGGAGCCGAAACCCCAAGAUGAACCGCCGCAAACGAACCUCGCUCAAUCUCCUGGCGCCGAACACCCAUCUUGGAGUGAGAUGGAUACACAACAACGAAGUCAAGCCGUUGGGAACCUCCUGGCGGCAUUGGCGCCCAUAAGUCCCACCCAGACCGCAACUGCGACCGCGGACGCAGAUGCCAACGCAGAUGCAAAUGUAAACCAAGGGUCGCCUACAAACAAAACCGAAGCCACAUUCAAACCGACAGACGAGAAUGACCCUAUCGACGUCCCUGCUGCAACCGAAGCAACCAACGACAACAUCAAUGCCGAUCCUAGUAUCUCUCUUCCUCCGCUUCCUCCACUGAGCAACGAUGAGUUCCUAGAUGCGAAUCCCCAAUCUACCUUUUCUCCUCCCUUACCAGAACCACCAACCGACCCGACGCCAGCAAAUCAAGGGCCAGCAACGCUUAUGCCCUCGGUAUCGCAGAUGGAAUCCCAGACUCCUGCUGCAUCUCCCGGCCCUCUUCCUGAACGAAGAGAAAUCGAGGCUUUCGCAAAGAUCGAGUUCGAAGACGGCAACUACUACAUUACAACGUAUGCCUGUGAGCUGGGACGGGAUGCCUUCGCAUACAGAGCAGCUCUUGCCAGAGCGGAAGAGGCGCGCCAGGCCGAGCAAGAUCGCACUCAAAGUUCCAGUGGGAGGCGGUCUGAGGGGAUGCCAAAGCCUAACGAUAGCCAAGUCCAAGGAAGUGUCGUCAGUGAGGCUGGAGGGUUUGGAGGUGUCGACGAUGGUCCGGUUCUGCAAGAUGGCGACCGCCGCAAUCCUGAUCCGCUUCAUUCUCAAUCCUCCGACCGAUCUGCUGGUAGCGUGGUGAAGCCUCAAGAAGUCCUCAUCAACCCGCCCCUGAUCCCCUUCGAUUACCACAAGAUGGCUGAGCGUCAGGCACAAUUUGAACACGAGAACGAGCCCGAAGCGGACAACGAACAACCGGCUCCGGUCACUGCAGACCAUAUCCCUGAUGCUCACAACUGCCCGCUUAUUCCGAUUCAUGCGAUGCGCACUUCACAAAAGUCCGAAGUUGAAAACCACAGAAGUAUCUCUCGACGACACGUCAAGAUUCAGUGGGACUUUGACAAGGAUUGCUUCUCGAUGAAAGUAUUAGGGCGGAAUGGUGCUUUCUUGGAUGAUCAGUAUCUCCCCCGGGGUGGGGUUAAGCGCCUCCGAGAUGGGUCAAAGAUACAAAUCUCAAACGUCUGGAUGACAUUUCGCCUACCAAACCAGAGGAGUGAACCGAUAUCUGAAGAUUCCGAACGUGAUCGAAUGGAGGAGACCCCUUCUGCACAACGCAACACUUCGCCAACGCCGAACGAAGAAGAUGAGGAUGAGGAUGCGAGCCUAUCGCCUUCGCGCAGUGGCAAGACGAGGACUAGAAUCGUUCUGAAUACUUCGCAGCAACCGUCACCAUCAAUUGCGGAUCCUCUGAUUGGACCUGACGGUCAACCUAUGCCGCCGAGGAAACGGGGGCCUGGAAGGCCACCCAAGGACGGGAUCAUGUCUACUCGAGAGAGGAGAGAAAGGGAAAAGGCGCAAAGAUUGGCCGAAGCCAAAGCGGCCAACGGAGGCAAGACUCCACCGCCGAUGUUGAAGGGGAAAUUUCCGAAGCCUAUUGUAAAGGAAGAGGUUAUCAUCCCCGACAUGAGAACAGAGAAGAGGAAGUACAAGAAACGAAAACGACCCGGAGAGGAUGGCGAUAUUGUACAGUCAAUUGAAGGAGGUGAAGUCGACGUCCCUAGUGAGACGGAAAAGGCGCCGGUGAAGAAAGCGCGACAAUCCAAGUCACCUUCGCCAGAUUAUCCCCCAGCGGAAAGCUUGACGGAAGAGCAGCUUGCACGACCAUCCGAACCAUAUGCUCGGUUGAUCUACGACAUUCUGAUCGACAUACACCCGAAGGCUCUUCCGCUGAAACAAAUUUAUCGAGCGUUGAAGCUGAAGUUCCCUUUCUUCGUCCACCGAGUGGAUUCGGAGGGCUGGCAGAGUAGUGUUCGACACAACUUGAAUCAAGAGUGGAACAAACUGUUUGAGAAAGGAGAGAAGGAGGGCAAAGGGUUUGCGUGGAAGGCCAUACCUGGCGCUCUUCAACCACAAGCUGAAAGAAGACGAGCCGCUCAGCAAGCUGCAGCAAACAAACCAAAACCGCCUCCCGCACCACGUCAACCCCCUCCUCCAGGAUCUCAUCCUCCGUUGAACUGGCAAAAUACUCCCUUUCCUCAGCAAAACGGUAUGCCACCCCGCGGUCCUCCACCUUUCUUCGUCCAAGGUCCACAUGGUCCAAUGCCGCCUCCACCCAACGGUAUGCCUUGGCCUCCGCCCCCUCCACCACCGGGUGGAAUUCCAUCUUCAGCCUCACCAAAUCCAAACGGACACGUUCCUCCACACAUGCAGCCCGGUCAAAAUCCUCCUCCCCAAUUCUUCCCACCUCCCCAGGGAGGUCGUCCGCCAUUUCCUCCCCAACCGCCUGUCCAGCCUGGUGGUGCUUCUCAACCCAACGCUGCCACGGCGCAAGGACCGCCUCGUCCCAACUCGGCAGCCGCAACACCAGUGCCACCUCCACCCAUUCCAUCCAGUUCCUCCGCAUCUCGAAACAUGCCCUGCUCGACCGACGGAUUGCUCGCCAUCAGACGCUUCGAAAACGCCAUGUAUGAUCAAGUGCGCGACCCGGCGAAGAUUGAGGAGUGGCAGAAAGUGUUUGCGUCUGUCAAACGACGGUUGCUGCAUGGCGCCCCGCAUUCUUCUUUGCCUAAUGGAGAGACCAAGGAGGAACUUACCAUCAUGGAACACGUUCGGCGGUUCAUUGAUCGUUUCAAAAACCCCAACUUUGUCGGCUUCUCCAUCGAGCAGACCAGAGGCACUGGGUCGCCGGCUCCGACGACGGCGACAAGCGGCGCAGUUCAGUCGGCCGAGCCAUCAUCUGCGCAGCCAUCACAAUCUGCGACUGCACCAGUUCCGACUCAGGCUGUCUCCAGUGCCAAACCUGUCGCGGUUGAGACCACGAAAGAGGCUCCAAAGGAUGCCGUUCCUCAACCUCCGCCAACAAUUGAUACCAUCAUUGGGGGUGAAGUCAAAAACGGUGCUGACAACGGUGACAAGAAUGGAGGCGCCGAGCAGCUCAAGGCCCCGGUCGAUGUUCAGCCCAAGAUUGAAGCCAACAAUGAACGAUCCAAAGUCUUGACCGACAAACCCUCUGUUAACGGUGCAGCCUAG